AUGACCCAGGAGGUAAAACGGUACGUGAAUGACUGCGAAAUAUGUAUGCGAGUCAAAAAUAAUCAGCACCCUAUCCAUGGACCAAUGUCAUCGCGACCGACUCAAACUCCCUGGACGAAGUUCGCAAUAGACACAGCAGACAUGACAACUAGGUCGAAAAAAGGAAAUUUCCAUAUCGUAGUUGUUCAGGAUUUAGGGAAGAAAUAUAUCGAGUUGUUUCCCACGCGUGAUAAAAAAGCUACAACAAUAGUAAAGAUUCUAGAGUCGGUAUUCGAACGCUGGGGCACUCCCAGGACUUUAAUUUCUGAUAACGGCAAGGAAUAUUGCAAUAUAGAUGUCUCAACUCUCUUGUUCGCUAGAGGAGUUAUACAUCAUACGACUCCCAUAAGCCAUCCACAAUCAAAUCCAGUGGAACACGUGAAUAGGACAGUGAAGCCAAUGAUAAGCGCAUUCAUUAAAGAUCACCAGAGCGAAUGGGAUAUAAAUUUAUGGAAAUUUCAGUUGGCCUACAAUACCUCAUGCAGUACCUCAUGCAGAAACACGAGUUUGCCCACAAAGGAUAAACGUUUAGCUAAAAAGAAUCGGAAUGCGGCUACCCGGGUUAGAAUCCAAGUGGGUUCUGAAGUCUAUUACCCUAAUAAAAAAUUGAGUAAUAAAAUAGAAAACUAUAAUGCUAAAGUGGCUCAUCGCUGUCGAGGUCCCACGAUAAUUGAUAAAAUAUUGGGUCCAAUGAAAGUAGAAUUAGUCGAUAAAACCGGUAAAAAAGUAGGGAAAUACUAUGUAGCUGACCUAAAAUUUCCGCGACGUAGUCUUAGACGUUAUGAUGAAAACAACCUUGCACAGGUUAUGGUUUUCGGAAACCUCGCAUGGCCUAUUAAUCUACUCUACUUACAUGAUAACAAACACUUAGGCCAUUACCCACUGCCAAGGGGGGGUUUGGAAAAAUCCAUACUGUCGACCAGUUCGGAUGGGCGAAAGACACUUAGCAACCAUGACGGCGCCGGGUCACAAGUGACCGACGCAGGCUUGGCUCCCACGGGGAACAUUCUGGGUGUUAGGGAUAACAAGAAAUAG